AUGUACAUUUUGUGUCCAAUAAUAUCAUCUAAUUUUGAGUAAGCCUGAACCGUGAGGGACGUUUGACAACAAACUUUUAUUAGUUGCUUUACCCGCAUACUUGCAAUUUUUUGUACUAGCUUGCUGAAAAUAUUCUAAUGCUAGGUUGUAUCUAUAAUCUGGUUCCAUUACAUUUGAACCAACGUACAUUUGAACCCAUGACAAUUGCACCUGCAUACUAUCGCACUUAUGAAUUUUUUUUGUUUUACGGAUAUUUGAACCCAUACUCACCCUAACCCAUGGGUUUUAGCACCCGCAUAUAGAUUGAACCCGCGGAUAUACGCAUGGGUUCAAAUGUACGUGGGUUCAAAUGUACGGUCACCCUAUAUUCUAUCUAUUGUAUCUGAGCGGUUGUACUCGGAAUAUUUCAUUUGAAGAUUUUGCCCUUCCAGCCAAAACAAAACUUGUCACGCACCAGACUAUUCCAUCAUUGCUUUGUGUUUACCCACGUAAUGUUUUCCAACAGAGAGUACGAGAGACAAAAUAUAUUGAUAUAACGUUGUAGCAAAAGCAUUUAGGCUUAAAGUGCAGAUGCAUGCGAAGAGAAUUCAAACUAGAAGGAAGAAUAUAUAUUGUAAGGCGAAAGAAUAAGAAAAUGAACCGAACAAAUGGAAUUCAUAUUGCUUUUGGCAUAGUAUAUCUGGCAACCCUGGUAAUAGCUGAGCAAUGCCAAAUUCCCACACCAAUAGAAGAUAUAGAUGUUGAUAAGUUUCCAAAAACGUGGUACCAAGGUCUUCAUACAAACGAUCCAGUAAUGUCUGAAGAUGUCCUAUGUUCGAAAUUACAAAACUUCACCAAGACGAAAGAAGGUUGGAAAAUGGUGAUAACGGAAUACCAUAAGAAUUCUCCGCCUCGUGUUUUUCCAUCACGACACAUAAGACAGCGCAAAGGAGUUUACACUAUAGACAAAAAAGAUGAUCUUGGAACAAUCACUUCUCAAACUUUAAGUUCCGAUGGAGGAUUUAAUGAAGCCGCUGCAGCAAUAGAUGAUGCGCUUCUCAGUAGAGAACUUCUUGAACUGAGCGAUUAUAAAAACUACUUUAUCACAGCUUUUUGCAGUUUAACAGGUGAAUGGAUUGUUUGGGCUCAUUUUCCAACACCAAAUCCCGAUGUUCGUCAAGUCAGUAAAAUGUGGAAUACUCUGAUUGAUUACCGAAUCGCAGUCAAAUUGUAUCCCUGCAAGAAAAUCAAUUGGAAAUAACACGUUUUAAAAACGAUCUUGCCAAAAACUACGAACAAAUAAUGCUACUCAAUAUUGAUUUCUCCAUAUUCUAGAGCUAAUUCAGCAUUUGUGUAUUGUGGCCAUUUUCACAACACAACGCAAGUACCUCUUAGUCGGUGUGGCAAAGCCAUUUUUGCAUAUGUUAUUCCUAACCCCAACUGACCACGUGAUCAAAAAAUUACGUCCCUAUGACGACACAGUAACGUAAUAAGGCCCUCCAAACUAGACUAACUGUCAUCCAAGACGCGCAGACGAUCACCCGAAAUUGAGCAAGCCAUUUCUCUCGUUUUCUCGUCGUGACGAUCUCGAUAUGAGAGAGAUCGCUGGCGUUAGUGAGUUCGUUAUCGUUGGCGAAAAUGCCACUUCGGGCGAUUGUAGCUAUACUUUGGCAAGCUCUUCGACGUGAUUGUGAGUUCGUAGUGACGUAAUCGGAUGACGGAGCAAGGUGGGGGUUAGGAAUAACAUAUGCAAAAAUGAUUGUGACACGGCGAAGAGAGGUAUUUACGCCGUUUAGUGAACAUGCGCCAUAUAUUGUAAUAUUAUUCAGUAAUAUAUUCCAUAAUAAAACAGUAAUAAAGUCUUCCUAAUUAAACAGCUUAAUUAAAUACAUGUUUGAAAACUUUUUCCCGAAUGAAGCGUAGCUGCAGAUAUGGCCAGAUAAUUACUAUAAAGUACAUUGAAGGAACGAAAUACGAUGUGUUCGACAAUUCCUCUCGAUGUUUUUGCCAUUUUCUGAUCGCAUCAAUAACAGAGCGUUA